CGGCGGCCGAGGUUGGAGCGGCGCUGCCGGGCAGCGGACGCACGAGGGACGCGCCCGAGGAGCUGCAGGUCGCAGCUCAGGCGGUCCGAACCCGUCGGCCGGCCGAGCCUGGAGGUAGAGCCGCCGCCGCCGCCGCCGCCGUCCCCCCCCUCGGUCCGGCCUGCGGCGAGCGGGCGUAUUGCCUAAGUGUAAUCUUGAACAUGGGCGGUGCUGUGAGUGCUGGUGAAGACAAUGAUGAGCUGAUAGAUAAUUUGAAAGAAGCACAGUAUAUCCGGACUGAGCUGGUAGAGCAGGCUUUCCGAGCUAUCGAUCGUGCAGACUAUUAUCUUGAAGAAUUUAAAGAAAAUGCUUAUAAAGACUUGGCAUGGAAGCAUGGAAACAUUCACCUCUCAGCCCCAUGCAUCUAUUCAGAGGUGAUGGAAGCCUUAGAUCUGCAGCCUGGACUCUCAUUUCUGAACCUGGGCAGUGGCACUGGGUACCUGAGCUCCAUGGUGGGCCUCAUUCUAGGUCCUUUUGGCGUGAACCAUGGGGUGGAACUUCACUCAGAUGUGAUAGAAUAUGCAAAGCAGAAACUGGACUUCUUCAUCAGAACAAGUGAUAGUUUUGACAAGUUUGACUUCUGUGAACCUUCCUUUGUUACUGGGAAUUGCCUGGAGAUUUCUCCGGAUUGUUCUCAGUAUGAUCGUGUGUACUGUGGGGCUGGUGUGCAGAAGGAACAUGAAGAAUACAUGAAGAAUCUUCUCAAAGUGGGAGGGAUCCUUGUCAUGCCACUGGAAGAGAAGUUGACUAAGAUAACACGCACGGGUCCUUCAGCUUGGGAAACCAAAAAGAUUCUUGCUGUUUCUUUUGCUCCUCUGAUCCAGCCCUGCCAUUCAGAGUCAGGAAAAUCAAGACUUGUCCAGUUACCACCAGUGGCAGUUCGCAGCCUCCAGGACUUGGCUCGCAUUGCCAUCCGGGGCACCAUUAAAAAGGUUAUUCAUCAGGAAACUGUGAGCAAAAACGGAAACGGACUAAAGAACACCCCCAGGUUUAAACGAAGGAGAGUUCGCCGCCGUCGAAUGGAAACGAUUGUCUUUUUGGACAAAGAAGUCUUUGCCAGUCGGAUUUCCAACCCCUCAGAUGACAACAGCUGUGAAGACUUGGAAGAGGAACGGAGGGAAGAAGAGAAGACCCCGCCUCAAACAAAGCCAGACCCCCCAGUGAACUUCCUACGCCAGAAGGUCCUGAGCCUCCCUCUGCCAGAUCCCCUGAAAUACUACUUGCUUUAUUACAGAGAAAAAUAAGUCUCCUGUUUGAAAGGGGGAAAUGAGGAAGAGCAGAUUGCUGAGUCUGAAGUUUGUGCUGCCUAUGUGCUGUUGAACCUGGAGGCAGACAUUGCGGGGAAGGGAACUGCUGGGCUCAUCCACAUCAUGGUUUUCUUCUUCUAGUUCCUGAUUGGCCUCUAAAAUUGUAUUCAGUUGUAUGAUUUCUUUACGUAAUUCCACAAGACCUUCAUUGCAUAGAAGAUUGUUUUCCCAAAGUGGAGAGAAUCUUCAUAGAGAAAAAGAGAAGGCUGUUUCUUUUUCGGCUCUGAUGAAACACUAAAGUGUGUGUAAGAGAGACUGUUUGACGACCGUCCCUCAUACAACAUGCACGUUACUCCCUAAAGAUGAAAACCAAAGUGGAAACUAACCUGUGUUGCUUAUAAAGUGUGAAAGCACAAGCUUAUAAAUGUAUGAAAUCUUUUCUGGAUGUGACGCACCUGCAUCCAAGUUUGAAUUUUUAUGAUACGUGCCACUUAGUUACUGGCACUGAGUAUCACUGAAUUUCUUAGUUUUCUAGUGGGGAAACAUUAUUGAGAAGCCCUCCCUUAUUUUAAGUAAGUUAAUUAAAUCUUAUGUGAGUUGUCAGUUGAAAUUUUUCAAAGGAAAAAUUUUGAUGGGGUGGAGGAAUGAACUGCCAAAUAAUCUUUCUGGAAUUCCGGGAGAAUUCCAAAGAGGGUUUUGUUUUUUUUUUUUUUUUUUAAUGACAUGUUUUGAUACCUUUAAAAGAAUAUCCUGGAAAAGGAAGCGAAUUUUUUUCUGUGUGUGAGCAAUAAGCGAAGUUACAUGUGCCGUAACCGUAGGGAUGCUUCUGUACCCAGUUUUAAAGAUCAUCAUGGUUUUCUAAGGUGUUGACACCCUCCAUCCUCAGAGCAGGUAGAAAGUGUUAAAUAGACUGGGACUCUAGGUAGAAAGGAAUUAGACUGGGGACUCUAUGAUGGACAGCCUGUGCUUUUUGACUUCAGUUUGCUAUUUUUCUGUGAUCACAUUAGAGUACUGAUUCAUAGAUUCUAUCUUUUAUAAUUCUGGAGAAAAAGAGAUUUGUUAGUUUUGUAAUUUUUUUGUAAGAGCAAAUGUAUGUAUUUUAGUAGCUCCAUUGAUGAGAACAGUGUAACUCGCACUGACUUGUGGUAUCAGCCUUCUCUGAGCCUUGUGUGUGGAGAGCUUUCUAUCUUACCAAGUGGUAGGGCUAAAAGAACAGCAGCGUUUUUGGUAGUCACAUAGCAAAAUGAUCAGAGUUACAUUGCUUAUUCCAAAACAUUGGUUCUUUUUAAAACAUUUUUUUUUUUUACCCAAAGAAAAGAAUAAUAUAAAUUAUUAACAAUAAACAUAAAUUCAGAGUGUCGAUAUAGGAUUCGGUAUCCAGAGUUUAUUGUUAAUCUUAAUCCUCAGCUUCUUGGGAGUUGCUGGGCUUCAGUGUCUCUGUGGUUUCGCCACGUUAGCUAAGCUCUGGUUAUUUUGGAUCUUUUCUGCUUUUUUAAGUAACUGAGUCAUUUUUACCACACAAUCCAGUUUGCAUGUAUAGCUGGGAAACGUAUUGCUCUAGAUUGGCCAGUUUAAGUCAUUUUAAAGAAAGUUAGUUCAUAGUUGUUGCCUUUUAACUCAUAGUCAAGCUUCAUUCUUUCAAAGAGAAACGUAUGAUUUACAUUUACUUGCUAAUAUUUUGUAGUUUGGAGAUCCUUGUGGGCAUUAUUCUAACAUGUAGACAGUUAGUUGGAAAUUUUUGGACAUAAUAUUAAAUGAGUGGUAUCUGUGAAAUUGGUUAUAUUAGGUGGCUUGACUAGGUUUUUUUCUAUAAUUGUAUAUGGACUGCAUUUUUUAAAAAACCACAUAUGCCUUUAUGCUAGAUUGUAAAAAAAAAAUUGUAUUACAAUGCAUAAGACAUGUUUUUCCCUCAUAUGCUAGACUUUUCCUAGCAUUUCGUAUUUCUGUGUUGUCAGUGUGUGAUUUUUAAAUCAGAAUUUGGUUUAAAAAAAUAUGGUUGUAAUAUAUGUGAGAAAUAGUUUGGUGUUUACCUUAUGAAAAUAAAGGAUUGUAAGUAAGGUUUCCCGCGCACCUUAUAGCAGAAUUCAAUAUAAUAUAAUACACUACUUUCUGUUUUCAAACAGAUAAAUCAUAAUAUAGUCUGUAUUGUCUGUAAGAUCUAUCUCGUAAACCACAUUCUUGACAACUAUUUACUUUUGAGUAGUUUGUAUUUUAAUAUGUGACUUUUGUCUUGAAAAGUAGUAUAGUCAUAGACUUGUGCAAAACAAAUUUCAAAUUUAUAGAUAUUAAGUUUGUAAUGAAAGAAUCAAAUGUGUAUGUAAAAAUACUUUUUACCAGUCUGGAACUUGGGAAAAAUCCAAGGAAUUUGCAACAUAGAUUUUAAUGAGCUGGUAAACACAAAUCAUGUCAAUAAAGGUAGUCAGGAUAUUUUAUCCUUAGCAUUGCUUCUGCA